UACCAAUAUCAAUUAUUAAAUUAGGAGAUUAUUGUUUUUAUGGAUGUUCAUCAUUAAAAUCAAUUAAUAUACCUUCAUCUAUUAAUGAAAUAGGAUAUGGAUGUUUUAAAAGAUGUUUAUUAAAAUCAAUUAAUAUACCUUCAUCUAUUAAUGAAAUAGGAGAUGAUUGUUUUUAUGAAUGUAAAUCACUAAAAUCAAUUAAUAUACCUUCAUCUGUUAGUAAAAUAGGAAAUUAUUGUUUUUAUGAAUGUUCAUCAUUAAAAUCAAUUAAUAUACCUUCAUCUAUUACUUCAUUUGGAAAUAAUUGUUUUUAUAAAUGUUCAUCAUUAACAUCAAUUAAUAUACCUUCAUCUAUUAAUGAAAUAAAAAAUAAUUGUUUUUAUGAAUGUAAAUCACUAAAAUCAAUUAAUAUACCUUCAUCUAUUAGUAAAAUAGGAAAUUAUUGUUUUUAUGAAUGUUCAUUAUUAACAUCAAUUAAUAUACCUUCAUCUGUUAGUGAAAUAGGAAUUUAUUGUUUUUCUAGAUGUUUAUUAAUAUUAAUUAAUAUACCUUCAUCUAUUAGUAAAAUAGGAAAUUAUUGUUUUGAUAAAUGUUCAUCAUUAAAAUCAAUUAAUAUACCAACAAGUGUUCGUGAAAUAGGAGAUGGUUGUUUUUAUGAAUGUUAUUCAUUAACAUCAAUUAAUAUACCUUCAUCUGUUAGUAAAAUAGGAGAUGGUUGUUUUUAUGAAUGUUCAUCAUUAACAUCAAUUAAUAUACCUUCAUCUGUUAGUAAAAUAAAAAAUAAUUGUUUUUAUGGAUGUUAUUCAUUAAAAUCAAUUAAUAUACCUUCAUCUGUUAGUGAAAUAGGAGAUGGUUGUUUUUAUGAAUGUUCAUUAUUAACAUCAAUUAAUAUACCUUCAUCUAUUAGUAAAAUAGGAGAUGAUUGUUUUAUUUAUUGUAUAUCAUUAACAUCAAUUAAUAUACCUUCAUCUAUUACUUCAUUUGGAAAUAAUUGUUUUUAUGAAUGUUCAUCAUUAACAUCAAUUAAUAUACCUUCAUCUGUUAGUGAAAUAGGAGAUGGUUGUUUUUAUAAAUGUUCAUUAUUAACAUCAAUUAAUAUACCUUCAUCUAUUAGUAAAAUAGGAGAUGAUUGUUUUUCUAGAUGUUCAUCAUUAAAAUCAAUUAAUAUAUCUUUAUCUAUUAGUGAAAUAAAAAAUAAUUGUUUUUAUGAAUGUAAAUCACUAAAAUCAAUUAAUAUACCAAUAUCAAUUAUUAAAUUAGGAGAUUAUUGUUUUUAUGGAUGUUCAUCAUUAAAAUCAAUUAAUAUACCUUCAUCUAUUACUUCAUUUGGAAAUAAUUGUUUUUAUGGAUGUUAUUCAUUAACAUCAAUUAAUAUACCUUCAUCUGUUAGUAAAAUAGGAGAUGAUUGUUUUUAUGAAUGUUCAUUAUUAACAUCAAUUAAUAUACCUUCAUCUGUUAGUAAAAUAGGAAAUAGAUGUUUUGUUUAUUGUAUGUCAUUAAAAUCAAUUAAUAUACCUUCAUCAAUUACAUCAUUUGGGGAGUCAUGUUUCUAUGGAUGUGGAUAUGUUGAAGAAUUAUCACAAAAUAAAAGAAUUCCAAGAAAAUGUUUUAAUAAAGAUUAG